UAUCGCUUCACAAAACGUUUGCUUCAAUUGUCCGUCACUUCAGACAAUUGUCUCGCAAUCCAAGACUCGGAACCAAUUAAGACAAGUGAUGGACGCUUACAGCACUUCCGCCAAAACCCGGAUUACCGGCGCUUUGAUGCAGAACUACAUCCAGAAGGCGGCCACUCUUGUGGGCGAUGUCACCAAAGUAGAACCGGAUGGCAAGAGAGCCACCAUUAAGACCACUGAUGACCAGUUCGUUCAGAUUCUGUUCGCCCAACCGCUGAUGACACCUCUCACUAACCACUGUCUGACCGAAGUCUAUGGUAUUGUCUUAAGUAGGAAUCAGUUUCAAUGCUAUGAUUACAUGCAAUUCCCACAAGAAAUGAGUGACAAAUUCGAUCGCAAAACUUAUAACGAUUUCAUCGUUCAAUACAUCAAGACUUGUGACGAACACAUCAAUUGUAUGGUUGAGUCCAAUGAAGACAAUUCACUCAUCCAUCCCAUCGACAACUUCUCGAUGACUAACAACUACGCCAACGACACCAUCAACAGAGACUUCAGUUUCGGAUGAGAUGUCCAUUACUUAAGACAUUUGUUGCCUUCACUAACAUUUAGUUUCAAUUAAACCUCAUUUCAAUGGGAAUCACAUCUUGUUUUGUAAUAAACUUAUGAUUUUAAUAAAUGAUUUAAUAUUUAAGUGAAA